AUGGCAGAAGGUCUUGUCAAAGAAAUUGUCAGGAUAUUUAAAUUCUUAUUAUUAGUUCAAGAACCUAAAUGCAAAGUACAUUGGUUUACGAACAAUGCAAAGCUAGAUUUUAGAUUUAUGAAAGUUUUAUCAUGGGAUGAUGGGAAUGUGGAUGAUUAUGUUAUGGAGAUUUGUUUUUUUCCCUUUAUAGGAAUAAUGGAUUCGGAUGGCAAUCCUAGUAAAUUGAUUACUCAUGCAAGAGUCUAUCCUCGAAAUAUUACAAACCCUCAAGAAACACAAGAUAUGUCGAAGAAUAUAUCAUCAGCAUGGGAUAUAAUUGAAUACAAUGAUAUUACACCUAUAUUUGAAAUAUUACCAGAUGAUUUAAAAGAACAAGUAUUGAAAAUCUUUGGCCAAAAAAUACUUGAUGAAUUAUCUAUGAUACUGAAAAAAAAAAAAAAUAAGGCUUAUGUUCAUAAAUUAGAGCAUGAUAUUCCAGAUAUUGAAAAUACUAGAGUUGAAUAUAUUGGGAAAAAAAGUCCAGCAAAUGCAAUUCACAAAAUUAAUAAAGAUAAAUCAAGGGAUAAACAUUACUUAAAAAUUAGUUAUAUGAUCAUUGGAUAUGGGUUUAGAUCUAAACUUGGUUUAGAUGUUAAAUUCAUUGGUGAAGAAAAGCAAAUUAAACGUGAUAAUAAUAGAUUUAUUGCAGAAAUUGAAAGACCAACAAAUGAAGGGUCAAUAAUUGGAUCUUGUGUGAUUAAAUCAUAUCAACAUCCAACUAAUCCAGAGGAUUCAAAAAUUAUCAGUUUACAUUUCCAUCCAUCAGAUAAAAAAGUCUGUAUUCACACUUAUGACCUUAAUACCAAAGAAAUAAUUGAACCACCCUUGAAUGAUUGUUAUAUUCAUUAUAGUGCAUUUGAAUUCUCAGGAUCUGGUGAACCUUAUGGUAAAACUAGGCUUACUUUUAACUAUGAUAAAAAAUUUUUUAAAAUUAAUAAAAACUCUAUGUGGAUAAAAUAUGACAACUGUACACAAAAUCAGUCGAUUUUUAUGAAUCUAAUAUUUGAUUGUACUAAUAAUCAACAUGAACCAGUAGCAAAAUCAAUAGUAAAUGUAGUAUUUAAUCCUAAUGUUAUAUUUUCAGCACCUUGUGAAAAUACUUGUAUUUCAGGGAAUGAUUCUUUCAGCUUUUUUAAAAUUAUGAAAUAG